GGACAGGAUACACCCGCUGUCAUCCCCGCAUCGAGCCGUUUUCACCUUGUUUUCAUGGCGAGAGGAGGCUGCUGCUAGCGGGGCACGACCUGGAGGAGAGCAGCCGAGGAGGUGGAAGUGUGUCGGGAUAGAGACGAGCGCGAAAACCCGGGAGCGGGGACAUUAGGUGGCACUGCAGAGGCCUUAGCCCCUUGUUUCGGGCUUCUGUCACAUCUCAUAGGUGCCCCUCUAACACAGCAACAUGGCAGGGGCGUCGGUGAAGGUGGCGGUCAGAGUCCGCCCCUUCAACUCCAGAGAGAUCAGCCGUGAGAGCAAGUGUAUCAUUCAGAUGUCUGGAAACACUACAACCAUCAUCAACCCCAAACAGGCCAAAGACAACAAGAGCUUCAACUUUGAUUACUCCUACUGGUCCCACACUACGCCAGAGGAUGUUAAUUAUGCCUCUCAGAUGCUCGUGUACAAAGACAUCGGGGAGGAGAUGCUGCUUCAUGCCUUUGAAGGAUACAAUGUCUGCAUCUUUGCGUAUGGACAGACUGGAGCUGGGAAGUCCUAUACCAUGAUGGGCAAACAGGACGUCAAAGAUCAGCAAGGAAUCAUCCCUCUGAUGUGUGAAGAUCUUUUCAGUAAAAUCAAUGAAAACACAGACAACAGCCUGUCUUACUCAGUUGAGGUAAGCUACAUGGAAAUCUAUUGUGAGCGUGUGCGGGACCUUUUAAACCCCAAAAACAAAGGGAAUCUUCGUGUCCGUGAGCACCCCCUGCUGGGACCUUAUGUGGAAGACCUGUCCAAACUCGCAGUCACCUCCUAUAAUGACAUCCAGGACCUGAUGGACUCAGGCAACAAGGCUCGGACUGUGGCGGCUACAAACAUGAAUGAAACCAGUAGUCGCUCACACGCCGUCUUCAAUAUAAUCUUCACACAGAGACGCCAUGAUGCUGACACCGAUAAUGUGUCUGAAAAGGUCAGCAAAAUCAGUUUGGUGGAUUUGGCCGGCAGUGAGAGAGCGGACUCAACUGGAGCAAAGGGGACAAGACUUAAGGAAGGAGCUAAUAUUAAUAAAUCUCUCACCACAUUGGGAAAAGUCAUCUCAGCAUUGGCAGAAGUGGACUCUGGGCCAAAUAAGAAUAAAAAGAAGAAGAAAGUUGAAAGUUUUAUACCUUACAGAGAUUCAGUCCUAACAUGGCUCCUCAGAGAAAACUUGGGUGGGAAUUCUCGAACAGCGAUGGUGGCAGCUCUGAGUCCUGCCGACAUAAACUACGAUGAAACUCUUAGCACUCUCAGGUAUGCAGACCGCGCCAAACAGAUCCGCUGUAAUGCCGUCAUCAACGAGGAUCCAAACAACCGCCUGGUCCGAGAGCUGAAGGAGGAAGUGUCCCGCCUCAAAGACCUGCUCUAUGCUCAGGGCUUGGGCGACAUCAUCGAGACAUUUCGAGGCACUGGUGCUGACCUGGAGGGUUUGAAAUUGACCAAUGCUAUGACUGGGAUGAGCCCCUCGCCCUCUCUCUCUGCCCUGUCCAGUCGAGCUGGGUCCAUUGCCAGCCUUCACGACCGCAUCAUGUUUAGCCCCGGUAGCGAAGAGGCCAUCGAGAGGCUAAAGGAAACAGAGAAAAUCAUUGCUGAACUCAAUGAGACCUGGGAGGAGAAACUUCGCAGAACUGAAGCCAUCAGAAUGGAGCGAGAGGCUUUGCUAGCAGAGAUGGGCGUUGCAAUGCGAGAGGAUGGUGGGACACUGGGAGUAUUUUCACCUAAAAAGACUCCACAUUUGGUGAAUCUGAAUGAAGACCCUCUGAUGUCUGAAUGCCUCCUGUACUACAUAAAAGAUGGAAUCACCAGAGUUGGGCGUGAAGAUGCCAGCAGCCGUCAGGACAUAGUGCUCAGUGGACACUUUAUCAAAGAGGAGCACUGCACCUUUACCAGUUCAUCAGACGCCAAUGGAGAAACUGUGAUAUUGGAGCCGUGUGAAGGAGCAGAGACCUAUGUGAAUGGGAAGAGAGUCACUGAGCCCACUGUCCUCAGAUCAGGAAACCGCAUCAUUCUUGGUAAGAGCCAUGUUUUCCGGUUUAACCACCCGGUGCAGGCGCGAGCGGAGCGGGAGAGAACGCCCUGCGCAGAAACCCCCUCGGAGCCUGUGGACUGGGCCUUUGCUCAGAGGGAGCUGCUAGACAAACAGGGCAUCGACAUGAAGCAAGAGAUGGAGCAGAGGUUGCAGGAGCUGGAGGAACAGUAUCGCAAAGAGAGGGAAGAGGCAAACAACCUACUGGAACAACAACGACUGGAUUAUGAGAGUAAACUGGAGGCUCUUCAAAAACAAGUGGACCGUUGCUACCCAGAUGCUGCUGAGGAGGAAGAGGAGCCAGAGGAGGAAGUUCAAUGGACUGAGAGGGAGAGAGAGUUGGCCCUGUGGAGUUUCCGAAAGUGGAGAUCUUACCAGUUCACCUCUCUGCGUGACCUCUUAUGGGGCAAUGCCAUUUUCCUGAAAGAGGCCAAUGCUAUAAGUGUGGAGCUCAAGAAGAAGGUACAGUUUCAGUUUGUGCUGCUGACUGACUCGCUGUACUCGCCCCUGCCCCCGGACUUCUUGCCCCCAGAGGCAAAUGAUGACAGAGAGAAGCACCAGUUCCCACGCACCAUUGUGGCUGUGGAGGUGCAAGACCAGAAGAACGGAGCCACACAUUACUGGACCCUAGAAAAACUCAGACAAAGGCUUGAUUUGAUGCGGGACAUGUACGAUCGUGCAGCUGAAGUGCCGAACAGCUCCACAGAGGACAGUGAAAACGUCAUGACCGGAGGCGACCCCUUUUACGACCGCUUCCCCUGGUUCAGGCUGGUUGGGAGAAACCCUCUAUUCAACACGUGCAUGAGUGAGCGCAUGAGCGACCCCACCCCGUCCCCCACCCCGUCCACAUCUGAGGUCACCGAGCUGGCCGACACACAGCGGGACGGGCGCGGGGCGGAGGGCGAGGACGAGCUGGAGGCUCUGGAUGAUCUCGAUCAGGAUAUAUUUUUGGAUGACUCGUGCUUGGAGCUGGAUGAUGAUGAUGAUGAUGAAGAGAGAGGGGUGUGCCGAGGCUCCUGCGAAGGCCUGGACCCCUUUUACGACCGCGCUCCUUUGUUCAGUGUAGUGGGCAGGGCAUUUGUGUAUCUAAGUAAUCUUUUGUACCCGGUUCCUUUGGUUCACCGCGUUGCCAUUGUCAAUGAGAGGGGAGAAGUCAAGGGCUUUCUGAGAGUGGCAGUGCAGGCCAUAUCAGCCGAUGAAGAGGCCCCAGACUAUGGCUCAGGAGUGAGGCAGUCCGGCACCGCCAAGAUCUCUUUUGAGGACCAGCAGUAUGAGAAGUUCCAGUCUGAGUCCUGCUCUGCGGGACUAUCCCGUAAAGGUGUGUCCCAGGAGGAGCUACGUAUCGUGGAGGGAGAGGGGCAGAGCACGGAGAUGGGACCUUCAGCUGAUGAAGUGAACAACAACACAUGUGCGGCUGAUGCAGAUGACGAUGGCCCUGCGAAGGCCGGACUGGAGGAGGCGAGCCUGGAGCAUCUCCAGCUUGGAAAUCUUUUCACGUUCAGAGUCACGGUGCUCCAGGCCUCUAGCAUCUCUGCAGAGUAUGCUGACAUCUUCUGCCAAUUCAAUUUCAUCCACCGCCAUGAUGAAGCCUUUUCAACUGAACCCCUAAAGAACACAGGUCGUGGCCCACCUCUAGGCUUUUACCAUGUUCAGAAUAUUGCUGUUGAAGUUACCAAAUCAUUUGUCGACUACAUCAAGACUCAGCCAAUCGUGUUUGAAGUUUUUGGACACUAUCAGAAGCAGCCUUUCCUCCCGCUCUGCAAAGAUGUUAUGAGCCCUCUCCGGCCCUGCAGGAGACAGUUCCCUCGGGUCAUGCCUCUUUCUAAACCCGCAGACUCCGAGACCUCCCCGGACCGUGAGAAAACCUUGGACUUGAUCCGUUACCUUGUUCCAGACGUGUUGAACGGGGCCUUAGUGGACUCUCUGUCAGGACACGCCCUUUCAGCGGCUGGCCUCGCUGCUUCUUUCAUCAUAGAAGCACAGGAACGGGCCCAGCUCCCUGCUCCACCCAUCUCUAUCUGUUCAGUUAUAAAAGCACAGAUGCCCGUCCCAGCCACAAAACUGUCUGCACUCACCCGACCGCAGCCUGGACCCUGUCACAGCAAAUACGACCUCAUGGUUUUCUUUGAGAUCUGUGAACUGGAGGCAAAUGGAGACUACAUCCCUGCAGUUGUGGAUCACAGAGGAGGGAUGCCCUGCCAUGGCACGUUCCUUCUUCACCAGGGCCUCCAGAGAAGAAUUGCUGUUACUAUAGUUCAUGAAUCUACAGGGGACAUUGAAUGGAGAGAUAUCAGAGAACUUGUAGUAGGACGUCUCCGCACAACACCAGAAUCAGAUGAGACAAUCAUAGACCCCAAUAUUUUGUCAUUGAACAUUUUGUCUGCGGGAUAUGUGCGACCAUUGCCAGAAGACAGACAGUUUCUUGAUUCGGACAUGCCUAGGACGUUUUAUCGCUUCGAGGCAGCGUGGGACAGCUCAAUGCAUAACUCAUUGUUACUGAACCGAGUAACUCCAAAUGGGGAGAAGAUCUACAUGACCCUAUCAGCCUAUUUAGAGAUGGAGAACUGCUCUCAGCCUGCAGUCAUUACCAAAGACAUCUGUAUGGUCUUCUACUCUCGGGAUACUAAGCUCUCAGCCUCACGCUCCAUUCGGAACCUGUUUGGGACGGGCAGUCUCAGAGCAGCAGAUGGGAACCGAAUAACAGGAGUCUAUGAAGCUAGUCUUUGUAACUUGGCAGAUAUAGGAAGCCCAGGUAUGCAGAGGAGGCGGAGGCGGGUGCUGGACACCUCGGUGGCGUAUGUCCGUGGAGAGGAGAACCUGGCUGGGUGGAGACCGCGUAGUGACAGCCUCAUCUUGGAGCAUCAGUGGGAGCUGGAGAAACUCAGCCUCCUGCAAGAUGUGGAGAAGACAAAGCAUUUUCUUCUGUUGCGGGAGAAGCUGGAGUCUAAUCUCAUGACAGGACCAGACCCAGUUCAGUCCUGUUUGACUGAGGACCUGAUGGAAACCCCUCAGACCUCAGAGGACCAUGAGGCUGCACCCUGCUCCGAAAUCAUCACCGAGAAGCAGAGGGAGCUCGCAGAGAGGUGUUUACGGCUUCUCAUGCACUCCUUCAACCGAGAGUACAGCCAUGUUUGUAUCAGCGCCAGUGAGAGCAGGAUCUCUGAGAUGUUAGUCACAACUCUCAAAGACUCCCCUUCAGUGCCCACAUUUAACACAAUUGCUCCCUCAACGACAUGUCCUUCACUGGUGGAGGGCUGCUCUGGACCCACUGAUCUCAGACCUCCCAUGCCUCGCAGUGGUGCAGUCAGUCCCAGUCCAGACUUACAUCCUGACCCAGAGGAAAGGAAGCCCCACAGCGCCCCCCCUGACACAAAACCACGCAGCAGAAGAUUUGUUCCUGACAUCCAGGAGAUCAGAGUCAGUCCCAUAGUAUCAAAGAAGGGUUACUUGAACUUCCUGGAGCCUCACACAAACGGGUGGAUAAAGCGUUUCGUGGUGGUGCGGAGGCCUUACGUCUACAUCUACAACUCGGACAGAGACGGGGUGGAGCGAGCCAUCCUCAACCUCUCCUCUGCUCAGGUGGAGUACAGCGAGGAUCAGCAAGCCAUGCUUAAGACUCCAAACACAUUUGCCGUGUGUACAGAACAUCGUGGGAUCUUACUUCAAGCCAACAGUGAAAAGGACAUGCACGACUGGCUCUAUGCGUUCAACCCUCUUCUCGCAGGAACUAUCAGGUCAAAACUGUCAAGAAGAAGAGUUGGGCAGAUGAGGAUGUGAAACUGGAAUAUCACAAAGACUUGAUGUACAUAAAUCUGUGUCUUCUUUUUGUGCUGAGCUGCGUCCUCUUCAUCACCAACCACCUUCUUCUUCUUCUUCUUCAUCAUCAUCAUCAUCAUCAAACAAACUACUUUACUACUAUGUUUUUACUUUGUCUGCCGUGUCCUCAGCAACACCUUUCUGUAUCCACCAUUUGCUGCGCUGUGAGUCUCGCCGUCACUGUUCCAUACUGGAGGAUAUUUACAAAUGGACAAAUGGAAAAAAGAAAAAAUAUGGAAGCAGUAGCAUCUCAAAAGUCAAAAUUACUCAUGUAUGUUAAUGUGCUGUAGUCGUAAUUGUCAGUGAGCCUUUUACAUUGACUCUUCUAAUGCAGAGAUAGUUAGCUUUCACUUACUGCUGCCAUGUUAUCAAGAAAAUAUGAAAAUUCUACAGCUAAAUAUUCACCGGUUUGCAUAACGCAUACAGCUUGACAAUAACUACGGGGAAAAAAAUAAUAUGGAGGCUAUCUCUGAGGCUAUUUCUGAAUAUUUUCUAUGGUCUGUGAAUCUAAUGUAAUUUGCUUCAUAUUAAGAAAACAAAGUAAACAGUAUUGGUAUAUCGCACUAGAUGUCCAUAAAGGUUGUCAAUCAUCUAACAUUACAAGUCGAAGGGUUAAAAGAACAGAAUGCCUUUGUUUAAGAGUAACUCAUCCCUCUACUCCUAAAUUAAAGACCUAUAAAUAUGCUUUAGAAGUCCUAUUAUACAGUUCAGUAACAAGCUAUGAAUUAUUAUUUAAAAUGCUAAAAUAAAAAUGUGUCCACUUAGCACUCGAGCAUAAAAAGCAUGUUCCAAAUGUAAUCAUACUAACGCUUAUGUCCCGGCUGUCAGUCAAAGUUUUUCCCCACCCCUGUCUGGCCCUGUCCUUACUAAAAUAUUGGCAGUGAGCUAGGGACGAGUUACUCUUAAAGCUUCUGAUACGGCAUUAUUCAAUCUUUUCUCUUCCAUGUUUUUGCAAAUCAGUUAUCAUUACCUCCCCUCUUUCACUUCACUCUUUCAUUUUCCUUUGUUCAAAAUGUGAUAUUUUUAGAUUUUUAAUAACAACUUUAGUAUUUAUUAUUUCUGCAUGUAUUUAUUUUCAAAGACAUAUAUAUUUCUAUUGUAGAACACAGUGCAAUUUCUGCACACUGCACUUUCUAAUAUGUUCUUGAGAAUGGUACCACCUCUUCCCUUCUACUCCUACAAUUUAGCAAAAAAAUAAAUAAAAUUACUUGAAAUACAAGUACUACUAAUGUUAAAAGAGAAGAAAAAAUGUUGAUGAAAUGAUGAAUACCCCAAAUAAUAUAAUUUAUCUUGAACUGACUUAAAACUAGUUUUAUGAGUGAUAUAAAUUAAAAAGUAGUGCCUAUCUUUUACUCAUAUUGUACAUGUUAAAAUCUACAACCUUUGCUUUAAAACAGCUCCCAUUUGCUGCUACAAUGAAAGUACUCUGCUAAUGAGACCAUGUAUUUCUAUUUUCAACAAAGUAAUCAGGUACACAGUUAUGAAUGUGUAAUCACCAUCUGUCAUUUUCCAUUGAUAUAGUUUAGCACAUUUUACAUCUACUAAAUGUGAAUGACCAAAUAGAUAAA